GUCGGAUAAUCGAGUAUGGAUUAUGGUGCAAUGAAGCUGUUGCUAGCACUGGUGCUGGCCGUGGCCACGCUACACCCCGUCCGAGGGUUUGAUUUUGGUGAUCUUGCCAAAAAGACGGGCGAUGUAGCCAAGGUUGCCGUGAAGACCACCAAAACCCUGGUGGAAAAGGCUCCGGAGAUCUUUUCGCCCGAGCAGCUGCUUGAGUUUGGCAAGCAGUCGAUCGCCGGCGUGCCGCUGGAGGCGCUGGCCGCUACCAUCAACAAGAUUUGUUCCAUAGCCCUGCUGUCGAAUGCAACCGAGUCGGAGAACGCGGUCAACGUAACCGAAAUGAACUACGUGCUGCUGACCGAGGGAGACAACGUAACCAUCCCACUGCUCGAGUCCGACGACCUGUGGAGUAAUCCGCUGUUCAACGAUUCGCACGAUACCGUCAUCCUGGUCACCGGCUGGACGUCGAACAUCAACGGAUCCAACAAGGCCAUCGACACGAUCUACAACGCGUACCGGGCCCGCGGCGGGUACAAUUUUGUGGUUAUCGAUACGUCCGACUAUGUUGACACACUGUACACUUGGUCGGCCUUCAAUACUAACGAUCUCGGCGUGGAACUAGCGAACGGAUUGAAGGAACUGAUCAAGUACCUUCCGGUGGAGAAAAUUCACCUGAUCGGUCACAGUUUGGGGGCGCACAUUGUCGGUGCCGCUGGAAGACGCUUCCAGGACUUGACCGGACAAAUGAUUCCCAGAAUCACCGGACUGGAUCCAGCCAAUCCGUGCUUCAACGAAGGGGAAGCCUUGAGCGGAAUCUGCCGAGGUGAUGCCGAAUUCGUGGACAUCAUCCACAGCAACGCGAAGGUUCUCGGCAAGCGGGAUCCCAUCGGGGACGUGGACUUUUACCCGAAUGGUGUGGUAUCCGUCCAGCCCGGCUGCCUGAAUCCAUCCUGUUCUCAUGCUCGGGCCUGGGAGUUGUACGCGGAGACGGUCUACCCGGGGCAGGAGAACAACAUGCUGGCGGUCAAGUGCAAUUCGGUGCUGUCGCUGGACACCGGGGCCUGCCCGGGGAAGUCUAUCCCGCUGGGAUUCGCCUGUCCCAGGACGGCCAAGGGAAACUACUUCCUGAAGACGAGCGAUCAGACGCCGUUUGGGAAGAAGAGUAGCUGAGUGAUGUUUUCUUUGGAUAUAUUUAACGUUGCUAUCUAAGUCAAAUUGCUGAAAUAAUUUUGUUUAAUGAAGUUGCUACAACUA